AUGUCCGUCUCGCACGGCUUCAAAUCCGUAGGCAUUGUGGGCAUGGGUCAGAUGGGCAUGGGCAUAUCCUACGUAGCGGCCAUCAAGGCCAAGGUGCCUCACGUGGUCAUGGUAGAUGCUUCAGCCUCGCAAGCUCAAAAGGGAGUCGCCUUCUUUGACAGUCUGCUCAAAAAGGAUGUGAGCAAAGGCAAGUUGGAGCAGAAGACUGCUGAUCUGGCCAGAUCGAGAUUGACAGUGGUUCAGAGCAUCGAAGAGCUGGGAAAGUUGGACGAUGCUAAAAGACCCGGUCUGAUCGUAGAGGUGCGUGCGGGCUCGGGCUACAGCUUUUCGCUUUUCGCUUUUUGCUCUGCUCAUGGGCUCGCUACCUUGCGCGCCACCACCUUUACAGGCAGCAACAGAGUCUUUGCCAAUCAAGCUCCAGAUAUUCAAUUCGCUUGCCACGCACCUUCCGCUCGAUACUGUAUUGGCUACCAACACGAGCAGCAUUAGCGUAUCUAAGAUCGCUGCGGCUGCUGUGCCCCAAGGUGCGGAGAAGGGUAGCACAGAAGCUUGGAAAGGUCCAUCCAGGGUGAGUGGAUGUAGCACUGCGGAAGCGUCGCUUCGUCACUCCAUCCCCUCAUUGCUGCCACCUGCCACCUGCCACCUGCCACCUGCCAGGCUCUUGGGCUGCACUUUUUCAAUCCUGUCCCAGUCAUGUCCCUCGUCGAGCUGAUCCCAGCCUUGCAGACCGAUCCGGACGUGACGGCCCGCGCACGAUCUUUUGCCGAAGCGUGCGGCAAAGUGGUGACGACGAGCGCGGAUGUGCCCGGCUUCGUAUCCAACAGGCUUCUCAUGCCAUUCAUCAACGAAGCCAUCAUCGCUUUGGAGUCGGGCGUAGCAUCCAAGGAGGACAUUGACACCACUUUGAAGUUGGGCAUGAACCAUCCCAUGGGUCCAUUGACAUUGGCGGACUUUAUCGGACUGGACACCUGCUUGGGCAUCAUGGAGACGCUGUACAGAGAGACGGCAGACUCCAAGUACAGACCUGCCGUGCUUCUCGGACGCAUGGUGGAUGCCGGCUGGAUGGGCAAGAAGAGUGGAAAGGGUUUCUACGAGUACGCAGCGCGAUAA